UUUUUUUACUUUACAUUGUGCUAAACAGUCGAUAAUGAAUAAAUAAUUAAUAGUUUAGCACUUAAGAGGGCUGUUGUUGGUGUAGCACCAAAAAAAACUGUACUAUUACUAUAGUUAUUACAUCACUUCCAUCAGUAGAGAACUUUGUAUUUGAUCAGCAAAGUACUAGUAAACGAUGCGAAUAAAUAGAUAAACUUUGAGUGUUCACUUCGGUAGACGUAACAAACGUAUCGUUAUCGUUAGAUGAAAACAAACAGACGAUCGUAUCGUAUCGCAGAGCAACUCACAAAACAUUGAAAACAUUGAACUGAUUUAAAAACAUUUCUAAUGCAUGAUGGUCAGAUAGUGGUACGACAAAAAUAGAUUUAAUUGGACAAAAUUUGUUGAGGAUAGUUAAGAAAGUAAACAAGCUGAAAAUAAUACCACAUUUUCCGCUCCGUUAAGCAUGAAAAGAAACAUUUUGUGUUUUCUGACCUACCCCUUUCAUAACAACAACCAUUCCACGUUAGAGAUGCAAGUUCACCUGCUGCUCAUCAUUAUCAAUCUGGUACAGUUCAGUCCCACGUCGGUUGCCGCCCGAAAUAAACGACCAAUCAUCGUGCACCGCGUCGACUGCAUCGGUCAACCCUACCCCUACACCCGGUAUGUCCGCUGCGGAAUCCGAACCCAACGGAAUCAAUCCCAGCAGCUGAUCGGGGAGCUGAUUCUUGAUGAACCGGUCCGAACCCUGAUCGGGUCAUUCCAAAUCUACACCAAGCACCAAUUUACGCAAACCCUGCUCUACGGAACCGAAAUGAACAUGUGUCACUACCUGGAUCAGGAUCGGCACUCCGGAGUGAUGGAACGGAACAUCGUGGCGGACAUGGUGCUGGAAAAAACCAAAGUGGUUUUCCCGCAGCUGAUUCACCCCUGUCCGUUCGAGGGCUUGCUGAAUUUGACCGGGACGGAGGUUCGCCUUGAUCUGGUACCGCCGUACGUCCUACCGGGGACGUACAUUAUAGAGGCACUAAUGCGGGACGCUGCCAACCGGACGGUGGUCCACGCCCGGGUGGUGUUUUCUCUGAUUGGGAAAAGUUUGCUCGGGCAGCUGAAGGAAAAUUAGCAUUUGUGUGGAAAUACAACCUAAUGAGAUGAGGCACAAGUGGGAUUUUUGUUUGGCUGAGUGAGGCGCUUGAUUGUCUUCUCCAUCGCCGUCGGAAUGUUGCGAAACACGUGGUUGAACUUUUCCGGGUCAGUGUGCUGCCAGUGAGUCGAAAUCUAUUUUUAAUGUUCUUUUCUGUGGGUAGCGCAAGUUGAAAUUUGCAUGACGGCGGGCUUUUUGCAAAUUGAUGUGUGGGUAUGUACUUCCCGGGAUUAAGCAACAGCUGCGUGAGUUUUGCAGAGCACCAAAAGCAAAAAUAUGUUUUUGCUUAGUUCUUUGAGUGUUGAACUUUAAAGGUGGCGUAUUCCAAUCUUUUUGAUGCCCAAAAAUGAGAAAAAUAGUAUGCGAAGGCGCAUAAUUAGUUACCGGAAUUAUUCUUAAGAUUAAAUUCCAUGUGUUGCUUAACCUGCUGCCCUUGAACUACAACAUGAAUAUGGCCUGCAUUCAAUGCUAUCAUGGUAAAAUCAAAGCAGGUAACUCAAGGUUUCCAAAUUUCACCACCCCUAUACUGGUACGCCCCCGUAACUCGCGUGGUUGGUCACCACCGUCAGCAUCACGCUAAUGUUGAGUACAAAAAGCGAGUUUUUUAACGUGGUGAAAAUACAACAGCGCGAUCACUCAAGGGUUAACAAUUAGUUCCGUAAAAAUCAAUACAUUAAAAUUUCGAGAUAAUUUGUAAUUAUCACGGAGAGGACAUUCUUACUGGAAUUCCUUUUAAGAGUUUGGCGAAAAUUCUACUUAAUGUUUCUUGAAAAAAGUGGAUUUCCUAUAAUGAUUUAAGCAGGAUUUCACGUACAGAUUCCUCUUAAUAUUCCUUCAGAAUGCAUCUAUGUCCAUUAAUUUCUUUGGGAGCUCCUCCAGAGAUUAUUUCAGAAAUUCCCCAGGAAUUUUCCUUGGGACUUUUUCAGGAGUUUCUCAAGGAAUUAUUCAAAAAAAAAAUCAUGAAACUGGUUUACGGGUGUCCUCAGAAAUGCCUUUCGAAAUAUCUGCUGGGAUUCCCAUCGAAAAUUCCAUCAAGAAAAAUUUCUUGUAAGUUUGUGCUUGUAUUCCUUUAUGUUUUUCAAAAUGUUUCCAAAAUGUUUCCAAGAGCAAAAUUUCUCAAAAAAAGGUAAUUUUCUUCUCAAAAAAAGGUAUUUUUUUCCAGGAAAUUCUCCCGAAAAUAAUUCUCUAAAUCCUCCAGUAACUUUUUUCAAAACGAUGCAAUUACAGGAGAACUGUUUGCACAGAGAUUCGAAGGUUCUUUUAGAAAAUCUUCUCAGGUUUUCCUUUUGAAAAUCUGAUUUUUUUCCGGGAACUUUCCAGAAAUUAUAGCUAGAAUUUCUCCAGAGGUUCCUUCAGGUAUAACUUCAUGUAUUCAGGCAUUUAUUUGGAAAUUCCUUUAAAAUUUCUUAAGAAAUUUUACUGGACGUUUGUCUAUGUGUUUCUUCAACCUUAAGGCAUUGCUUUAAAUAUUCAUAAUCAGGAUAUUUUACAUUUUUUUCAAAGAUUCUCCUAACAAUCGCUGCUGAACUUACUGUUUUUAAGUUUUUUUUUAAGAAUACCUACAGAGCAUUUUCCGGUUCCAGUUAUUAUUUUAAAGACAUGGAAUCUUGAAAAAAAAAACCUUUUUUAUUUUCUUCAGUAGUUCUUAUAAAAAUCCUCCAGGAUAUCCCUUCAGAAAUUGCAUAAGAUUUUUUUUUAGAUUUUAAAGAGGUAUCUCCAGAAGUUCUUAGAAGGAGUACAGCAGAAAAUCCUUCAGGGAUUCUUCAGUAAUAUAUGUAUAAGGGGUUUCUUCAAAAAAUCUCACUGAUACUUUUGUCUGCAAUUUCCACAGGCAUUUUUGAAGAGACCCCUUAAGAAUUUUCGUCGCGGAUUAUAUAGGAAUCCCCCCAGAAAUUUCUCUAGUAUUUUUGCUUGGAAUUAUGAUGUUUCAGUGUUCCUCCAGAAGUCUCUCAAGAUUUUUUUAAAGAAGGUAUCCUAAGGUAUUCUCCAAAAUAUCCUAAGCAUUUAUGCAGGAAUUUUUCAAGAGAUAAAUAGGGUCUGGGGCCAUUUGGGCAGGAGCACCUAUUUUGGGCACUUGCUGCUAUAACUCAGUCAAUUUCACAUGGCUAGAUACAGUGCGUAACUGAUCGUGUCUCAAAAAUCAAGUCAUUCAGUUCGAAAUUGACUAAAUUAUAGCAUGUGCCCGAAAUAGAUGCUCCUGCCCAAAUGGUCCUAGACCCUACAGCAAUUGCUGCAGAAAUUGUUGUUCAAGAAUUUCUCAAAAAAAAUACAAAAUUUCUUCCCGAAAGUUCCAGAAGUACCUCGAGGAGAUUUUUUUAAGAUUUAUUGAAACAAUCCUCCAGAAAUUUCUUAGAAAUUCCCUCAGCGAUUUCUUAAUUGUUUCUUCAGUAACAUUUGUACAAUUCCUGAAAGAAUUUCUAAAAAAUCCGAGAAAGACUAUCUCAACAAAUUCUGUAUGAAUCUCUAAGGACAUUCCUGAUUACCGAUGGGACUGCAAGAGCAACUUCUAAAAAUUUUUUUUAGAAAUUUCUGCAAGAAUCACUGAAGGAAUUGCUCAAAGAAUUUACGAAAACACCCUGGUAAGAAUUUUCAAAGCAAUCCCUGAAGGAUUUGGAAUUAAAUUUUUGUAAAUUAUUGAUGAUGAUGAUGAUGAUGAUUGUGUACCCACCAUCAGCGCAAGGAUUACCUAUGGCUGCAGAGUCAUACCGGAACGGAAUGAUCUACCUGAUGGUUUGUUGUAGCAGGGUAAGCUAAAUUCACUGGAGACCUUCGGAAAACAACAUGAUAGUUGUUAUCUCGUGACAAAGUCUGGCCACCCCACGAACAUUUGCCCGGAAACCAGUUCAUUUAACUUCCUUAUUCUACCCCUCCGAAAUCCCCAUAUAUGUCAUGUUCAAAUAUAAAAAGUAAUAAUAAGGAACGAACUCACCGGGUAAUCCUGACCAGCUAGUUUUCUAUGUUUGGCUUUGGGCUCAGCAUGCAAACGGUCCAACCAUAUUAAAUGUGCACUCGUUCACACCACUCGCUGAUUCUUCGAUCGUCCAUUGAAGAAUCCGAAAAAAAUACAUAAGCGAGAAUACCCGACGCACUGAAAAACAAUCUCUUGGAUACUAGCAUUUCCGAACUCGGAAUAACGACGAACACGAGCACCACGAUGCGGGCAAUGUGGUCUCUUGCCACCGAGCCAUCGUCGAUCGUUUACACAAAGUGCGAACAAAAAACACAAAGAAAAAUACGAAAACGCGGGAACGACGAAAUGCGGCAUGUUUCAGCCUCCGCGCUCUGCUUGUCACUGAUUAAAUUUUUGUAAAUUAUUUUGAAAAAAAAAAAAAUCCAUUGAAGAACUUUUUAAGAAAUCUCUAAAAUCUUAAUGAUGAAAUUUCUAAAGGAAACUUUGAAUGAAUUUCAGAGAAAUUUUUCAGAAGAACCCUUGUAUAAAUCUUAGAAAGCAAUUUUGACUGAAUCUCUGCAAGUAUAUCAGAACACAUACCAGGGAAAUUCUUGAAGGAACCCUAGGAGGAAUUCCUUUUGAAUUUUCUGAAGAAACUUCCCGGGAAACCCUUGGUGAAGUUCCUAGUAAAAAAUUGCAAGGGAUUCCUUGAGAUUUUUUUGUUUUUUUUUUCGUAAAUUUUAACUACAGUUGAUUUUUAACCCGGGAGCGAUCGCAUCGUGUACUGAUUACACGCACCAUGAAAAAUGCACGCUUGUGGUACACAGCGUGAGCGCGGCACCGCUGCUGGUAGUCAAAGACGCGACUGCUCGAGGGCUAACAUCCUAGACAAAUCCUUGAAUAUGGAAAUCCUGGAGGAUUUUCCGAAAGUAUUCUUGAAGAAAUCUGUGGGCGAAUUCCUGAAAAAAAAAUCCUGUAGGAAUACCUGGUGAAGCGCAUAGAUAAACGUCUGCAAAGUUCCCAAAACAUGUUUGAGAUAUUUAUAAAAUAAUUUCCAAAGAAAUUCCUUAGAAAUGUUUAAAAGAAAUGUCUCUAAGUAUCCGUGGAGAAAUUAUUGGAGUUAUCCUCAGAGGAAAUUCCGGAUGUUAAGGAAAUCUCGAAGAAAUCUUUCUUGAGGGAUAUUGUAAAAAGAUUUUUUAAAGGAAUCCCUGUGGCAGUUUCUUAAAAAUCCAUGUGAGAAUUUCUGGCAAAAUUUCUGCGGAAAUUACUGAGUAAAUCCUUGGUACUGAAAUAUUCUCGAGAAAUAUUUAUAUAGGAUUCCUGGGAAAGAAUAUCUAAAGAAAACCUUGGAGGAAUUACUAAAAGUAUUUCUAAAAGAUUUGACAGGAAAAUUCCUUUAAUAAUUCCCGAAGAAAUCUCUACUAGUAAGCCUGUGGAAAUCUCUAAAGGAAUCCUUCAAACAACAUUUGAAAAAAAUCAGGAGUAAUUCGAGGAAUAUAUCUGAAAAAAAACAUAGGAAGAUUUUCUAAAUCAAUUCCUGAAGAACCUCUUUGAGGAAACCC